AAAAAUUAAAUCUAUUGAUAUCUGCUGUCAUGUCAUGUCAAGCACUUCCCGAUGGAUGGACUCGCGAAGAGAUCAUUAGACGCAAUGGUCUGUCGGCCGGAAAGAUCGAUGUCUUCUACUAUAGUCCGACGGGUCGUAAGUUCCGGACGAAGCCUCAGUUGUCGCGAUAUUUGGGCGAUUCGGUCGACUUAACCACUUUUGACUACAGAACCGGAAGAAUAAACUCAUCACUCAUGAGGAAAAGCAAACGAUCGAAAGGAGGUCUCAUGGCUUACGACUACACGAAGAAUAUGCGCAACGACUCGUCGCUGAUCCCACCCAUCAGGCAGACGGCGUCCAUCUUCAAGCAACCGGUGACUGUGAUUAAGUCACAGCCGGACAGUCGUGUCAAAGGAGACCUCAAACACGGCAACCAAAGCGAGAAACCGAAGCAAUUGUUUUGGGAGAAACGUCUCGAAAGACUCGAUGCCUCUAAUGUAGAGCUCGAAGAACUCGAGAACUUUGAUCUGCCCGUCAAUAUGAGACCCGUUGGCCCGCAUAUGAGCAAAGAUACUCUCCUCAGGAGUAUUGCCACCGCUCUCCACAUUCACACACAACCAAUCACUGGACAGAUGAGCGCUAAAGACAAUCUCGAGAGAGAACCGGCUGUUUAUCUCAAUCCCGAUCAGCCAUUGAUUCACACAAUGAUUAUAUCCGACGAUGACAUCAAGAAACAAGAGCUUAGAGUUCAAAGCGUUCGCCAGAAACUUGAAAAGGCUUUAAAUGAAUGCGAGAAUUGAGCUGAAGUUUGAAUUGUCUGCUCAUUAGAUUGAGUUUAGUAUCAAUAUAUCAUACUUUCUAUCCUCUAAUCAAUCAUUUCGUAAAUAAUUUAAAAUCAUUUUACC